UGUAACUGUGUAAUGGAAAGGAACAUCACAAGCUGGCUGCCAUUGUCAUGUGCCCACUCCAUCACUGAUUUUGGGAGUGAACAUAUUAUUGACCUAGUGAUUACUGAGAAGAGAUUGGUAGAACAUUAUGUCACUGUGAAAUACAGUAAUGUGGGGUAUGAUUGUGGAUUUUUUGGACAGCAUACAAUUGCAAAGCUAUCACAAACUUGUAAAGAAAAGGAAGCAUCUUGGAGAUAGUUUACCAGUUACCUUAGAUCCUGACAUUGCAAACAGACGUCCCAGGUCUGUUCCUCCCACGGAAGUUGUAAAGGUUCUAAAGGAGAGAGACAUAAAGUAUCAGUCACAGCCUGUAGAUUUAAACCCAAACUACCUUCCUGUGGAUGGUGAGAGUUUAAGGAGAGGCAAAGUUGAAAAGCCUCUGUUCGAUGCGGAUAAAUUAAGGAAAGAAAAGCAGAAAAAGUUUAAAUCAAAGUCUGUAGAGAUGUCUGAUGCCUGGUAUCCAAUGGGGGACGAAGGUGGGUAUCAGCCCAGACCGUCAGCUAGGGAGGAUCCCAGAGGAGAUAGAAAACCAUACCAGUCAAUGCCCAUGCUAAACACAGACAGGGGCUAUGAGCCAGGGCCCUCACGAGGAGAGGAUUCACCUAGACAGGAUAGAAGAAGACAGUACCAAUCAGGCCCUCACAUUGACACAACCGAUGAUCCUUACCGGGGUUAUGACAGGAGAGGUUCACCUAAAGCAGAUAGAAGGCAAUCUGGACAUAUGAGAGAGGAGGACAAUGAGUAUUACAGAGAGAGGGAUUUAUCUCGUGAUGAUAUACACAGGAGAUAUGAAUCUGACCGUCCAGUGGAUAUGGACAGAAAUUAUGAGCCACAGGGAGGACUGCAAGGGAAUGGAAGGAUGUAUCAGUCUGCUCAUGGUGUUGAUUACAGAAAAGACAGGGAGAAUAACAAUGUAAGUGGCAGGAGAGAGUAUCAGCUGUCAGAGGUUUUCCCAAGCAUCAACAGUGCCGAUGGAAAAGGGACAUUAAUCCGCCAUCGCAGAAAGUCAAGCAGAAAAAGUGGAUUUGGAGAACCAGACUAUGAUGACGAGGAGGAAGUUGAUGGCAAAACACUGCCCAGUCAGAAGGCCAUUCAGCGAAACCGCACAAAGUCAAUUAAAGAAAGAAAAAGGGAACUGGAGGAAGAAAAGAAGACAAACCCCAAACCAAAGUCACUGGCUGAAAAGUACAAUGAACUAAAAGACAGGGGAAAUAUUACUGCUGGAGAUGUGGCCACAAUUGUCAGGGAGUCAACUAUGACACGUAUGAAUAAAGUGGUUGGAGGAAAAGAAUCCAAGAAAUGGCAUAGAUUUAAGCUGAAAAAGAAGGAGUUUUUGGACAGAUUUACCAUAUGGGCAGGAACCCUUAAAGAAGUGGAAGGUGAAUAUGGGACAGCGGUGAUGACCUAUUUCCGUUUCAUAAAAUGGCUGAUGUUUUUGAAUGUCUACAUAAUGAUAAUAAUGUUCUGUGUAAUAACUGUCCCCUACCUGGCUCUGGGUCCAGGUAAUUUCAACUCGUCACUGACAGAUGUUAAUGUGUCCGGAUACAGAGAGGCCAUUAGUUGUACAACACAGUAUGAAGUCUAUCACAAAAAUCUCACAGACUCAGAAAGUUUAGGUCAGCAAGUUCUGGAUUUCCUACAAGGCACUGGCUGGAUGGAGAGGAAAGUGUUAUUUUAUGGAGUAUACUUCAAUAAAACGUACACAACCAGUGACAAUGACACAUACACUUACCACAUGGGGCUGGCCUAUAUGCUGGCAUUUGGGGCAUGCUUUCUGGUUUCCUUCUUACUCAUUGUUAAAAAUGCCUCUAAGAAUGUGAAGGUAUCUUUGGGAUCAACAGAUACUGUGGCUGUUUACAGCAACAAGAUAAUGUGUGGCUGGGACUUCUGUAUUAGCAAGGGAAAAGCAGCCAAAGUCAAAAAAAGAAACAUCUUCACAGAUUUAAAAGCUGAGCUGAAUGACCAACGGAAGGAGUGGCGAAUGCAGGAACGAUCUACAACUGAAUUAGCUCAGUUGUACCUGGUGCGAAUCCUGAUCAACUUUCUAGUUCUAGCAUUACUGGGAGGAGCCUUGUACUUAAUCACAUUCACUGCUGAACAGAUGAUAGAAUUACAAAAUGAACGGACCCUAUCUGAGAUUCUUGAGCUGUUGGUUCAGUAUGUGCCGUUUGUAACCAUCACUGUCCUCAAUGCUGUUCUGCCAAUCAUAUUUCAGAAGCUGGUGCAGUUUGAAGAUUAUAGAUAUGAAUUUGGAUUUAAACUUACAUUAGCAAGGGCCAUUUUAUUGAGAUUAGCCUCUCCCAUAGCAUUGAUAGCCAUUUUGUACAAGGAAUUGAUAGAGAGGCCAGAGGAGAAUGCCGUGGAUGGACAGUGUGGUAAUAAACAAUGGCAGUCAGAUGCAAGAAGGGGAAGGAUUAUGUGUUGGGAGACCUACUUUGGACAACAGUUAUACAAACUGGUUCUACUAGACUUGAUUGUAGAAACAGGAAUUAUUUUCUUCAUGCAAAUUCCAAGGUGGUACAUCCACAAGAAAUAUGGCAAAUCCAGUGACUUUGUGAAAUUGGUAGGACCCCAAGAGUUUGACUUGCCACAGAGUGUAGUAGACAUUAUAUACACUCAGAGCAUAUGUUGGUUAGGGAUGUUUUUCAGUCCCCUUAUUCCUUUUAUGACCUUUGUCAAGUGUGUUCUCUUCUUCUGGGUUAAAAAGUUUGCUGUUCUAAAAAUAAAUGUUCCACAAGAGCGACCAUUCAAAACGUCUGGUUCUAACUCCCUCUUUAUGUUAGUGCUGCUACUUUCAUUCAUCAUUGCUGCUGGCAUGCUGGGGUACAUGAUUGGAAACAUUCCACCGAGCCAGAGCUGUGGUCCUUUCAGAGUUUACAGUAACCAGACUGGGGCAGCCAUGUUUGAUGUCAUCACUAACACAGUUUACAGUUGGCCGACAGAAGCCAGAGAUGUGUUUGAAUUUCUGGGAACUGUGGGAUUCUUCUUACCAGUAGUUAUAUUGCUUGUUCUUGUGAUGUACUAUUACUGGUUACGAGGCCAAGGAUAUAAGAAGACAGAGGAACUCUUACAAAAUCAACUCAAACUGGAGGGGCGUGACAAGAAGUACCUGCUGGACAGGGUGAAUGAGGUCCUUCAGCAGAAUUCGGAUCUAUUGUCAUGAUGUAACAUUAUGUAAGCAUAAUUUGAAGGAUUGUUUGUGGUAUUAUGUAUUCAAUUUAUCUAUUACUGUUUCAAUUAUUUUUCAUUCUGAUAGACAUUUCAGGUAUUUCAUAAGUAAUGUACAUGUAUUUCAUUGUUGAAAAGUGGUUUUAGUUCUAUUCACAACUUAGUGUUGCCACUUUGUGUUCUGAUGUGAAACUGUCCUGCUGUUUUUUAACUUCUCUCUCACAAUUAUUUCCGUCCUUGACACACUGAAAUCCACAAUUAGCAUGUAGUUUACAUGAAUAAUAUUUACUGUACCUAAUUUUGUAUUGGCUGUGGAUGAAUUGAAAUGUUGGAUGUAUUUGUGGGGCUUGCCAAGCAAAUGUACAUCAUUUCAUCAAGUUAAGUAGAUCAAAUUUAUAUGCUGUUAUUUUGUUAUUAUGCAUCAUUGAAAUGCCAUUUUCUAUAACAUUUCUGUCAGAAGUAUUUUAUACAGAUGACUUGUCAGAUAUAUAACUGGUGAUAUAUACAUCAAAAUAAUAUACAUGUUUGAGGUAAUGUCUAUAAUUGUAAAUAUGUUUCAUACUUCACAUGUGCAUUCCUUGUGACAAGACCUUUCUUUUCAUACCAUAUUGUUUCACCUAAUGACCUUGGAGUUAGGCUACAUGGGAGUAUCAAUGUUUCAGAAACACCAUAUAUAUUUUUUUGGCAUUUAUAUGAGAAAUAUGUAUUUAUACUUUUAUCUGUAUAAAUUCAGCAUGCUUCUGAAAGGUACUGGGAAAUUAUACUUAUUUACAUUUGAGAUUCCGUGUACUGUGAUAUUCAAGGAUUAAUGUGAUUUAUGGGCUCAUUUUAUAUAAUUUGUAUGUUAUUGAUUAACUGUCUUUCUUCUACCUUUGUCAGCUUAUUUAUACUCAUUAUUGUUAGGUCAUGUGAGAAACUCAGGUGACCAAUUGUUAUCUGUUUUCGUGCGUCGGUUGUAAACUUUUGAACAUUCUUGAACACCUGUACCAAUAUUCUAACCAAUUUUGUUAUAUAGCAUUUAUGGGUAAAGAGGAACAAAAAUUGUGAAUUUCAUGGACUCUAGCUGCCUCCAUCGGGCCUGAGGGGUUAAACCAAAACCAUGAAAAUCAAUGCAAUCUUCAAAAAUCUUCUUUACUCUUUGACUGAUUAUAAUAAGCAAGGAGACAUCUACCAAAAUUGUGAAAUUCAAUUCAUGACCCGAGGGAUUAGGGUUCAAGUCCCAGGGUGGGGCUAAGUUGGUCAAAUAUUGAAAAUGCAUAGCUGCGAGUCACAUGACAAACUGUUUUACCUCUGCUCAUAAUCGGUAGGGGAAAAAAAACUACCUUGGGUGGAGGGCUACGAAUGUAUCGAAUUUUGUUCUGCCUUGUGGUUUUAAUACUAUUAUUUUGUUUCCAGGUUUUUUUCUUUUGAAAUUCCAACUUGAAGUAAUUCUAAAAUAAUGAUUGCUUAAUUAAACUCUCACCAAUUUCGAAUUUUACCACAUCCCAUAUGACAGUCUGUAAGUUUCUUGUGGUCUGCACGUUUGAUUUGCACUUAGCAAAACGGAACGCUUUGGAGAUACACUAGUAGCAGCAAGCUUCAGGGUCUAUAAUCGUCUACUAAAAUUGUAAAAUUUAUGACUCCUGGGUUUAAGUUCUAUUAUUAUAUGAGCAAAAAUUUAUAGAUUUUACUACUGAAUCUUCUGAAAGUAGGAGCUCUGGACCCAGUGGUGUAUUACCUAAUGACAUGUUACAUGUAGAAAUGUUUGUUUAUUAAAGAAUGUAAAGAAUUCAUGCAUACGAGUCAUUAUCGUUGGAAAAUGUGAUGUAUGGUACUCAGAUAACCAUGGGCUUCUUGUUCAAUGUUUUUAAUAUUAAUUCAAGAAUAUUAUGUAAUGUAUAUAUAUUAUAUAUUUGUAUCUGUCUUGGAUAUCUGUGCAAUUUUUAAUGUCUUCCAAUAUUUAGAAUUAAUCAGAACCUAUGUCUAUUAAGCAUAGAAAUUAUUUGAACAUGUUGAGCAUAAUUACAAGUAGUUUGUAGAUUGAUUUUAUGAGCUGAUUUUUUUGUUUUCCCUCAUAAGAAUAUUUGUUAUACAAAGGAAGGUGAUGUUAUAAAAUGUGAUGGGGAAGUAGUAAAUACAAUCUGAAUUUAAGUUGUGAUGGUUUAGCCCAAGUAAACAUGUCACCAAUGCCCAGUUAAUAAAGAUUUUAAAGGCAUGUUGUAAUGCGAUGAUAGAGGGAUGGUGUCUAUUGAUGUUGAAAUGCAAUGAUGAAGGAAUAUUGCAAUUUGAUGAUGGUGGAAUGUGAUGGAGGGAUGGUGUCUGGUGAUGUUGAAAUGUGAUGAAGGAAUGUUGUAAUGUGAUUGAUUAAAUAUUGUUUAACGUCCCUCU